AUGUGGCUGGCUCUAGCUCUGACGUCCGUGGCCCAUGGGAUGGUAUCCAGGCAAUGCCUCUUUAAUUUUCCAUGUUCUAAGAAUCCAGAAGCAUGGAUGAACAUUAGUGAAAUGGUCUCUUUCUGGGGAUACUCCAGUGAGGAGUAUGAUGUGGUGACAGAAGAUGGCUAUAUCCUUCAGCUAAACAGAAUUCCUUAUGAGAGAGAAAGUGCUGGAAGCCAAGGUUGAAGGCCCGUCACAUUUCUGCAACAUGGUUUAUUUGGAGAAGGCAGCAUAUGGGUUACCAAUUUGGCCAACAACAGCCUGGGCUUCAUUCUCACAGAUGCUGGCUACAACAUUUGGAUACGCAACACCAGAGGGAACAGUUGGUCUAAGUGACAUCUGGUCCUGUCUCCCAAAUGGGAGGAAUUCUGGGCUUUCAGCUUUGAUGAAAUGGCUAAAUAUGACCUCCCGGCAAUUAUAAACUCUAUUGAACAGAAAACUGGGCAGAAGCAGUUAUAUUAUAUCGGCCAUUCUCAAGGCACCACUAUAGCUUUUAUAGCCUUUUCCACUAUUCCUCAGCUGGCUCAGAAAAUCAAGAUGUACUUUGCUUUAGCACUUGUGGCCACAGUUAUAUUUGUUCAAAGUCCAUUUAAAAAGCUCGCAUUCUUUUCUGACUAUGGGCUUAAGGAGAUGUUUGGCACCAAAGAGUUCCUACCACACACUGCCUUGGGUGAGCUGGUCCUUUUCAAAUUCUGUGCCUGCUCAAAGACCUGCAAGAGCAUCUUGUCUAUGCUCUUUGGAUUUAACUGGAAGAACAUAAACAUGAGCCGAGUAGAUGUGUACGCGGCACACUCCCCAGCGGGGACUUCAGUACAAAAUGUAAUCCACUGGUUGCAGGGAGUUCAAAGCGGUGCACUGAGAGCUUAUGAUGGGGGCAUGUAUAACAGUCUUUGCUAUAGACAGAUGGGUCCGCUGCUCUACAACGUGAAGGACAUGAAAGUGCUGAUGGCCUUCUGGAGUGGUGGAGUGGACUACCUGGCUGAUCCCCGAGACGUUACCCUCCUGCUCCCCCAAGUCAGGAACCUGGUGCACCACAAGGUGGUUCCCCAGUGGAACCACCUGGAUUUCCUACUGGGGCUCAAUGCAACUGAGGUUUUGUACCAGGAAAUCGUUGACAUGAUGAAGAGGUAUCCGUAA